UUCUUUGUCUUCUCCGCCAUGCCACGGGGUCCGACCAUUUUGUUCUUUCCAAAAGAUUCCAUGAGAAGGACGAAGCAGUAUUGAUCAAUCAAAGCGCCUACAGCAGCGGCGACAUGGAGACUGCGCUGGUGUGCGCUGUCCUCAAGACGCUAGCGCCGAAAAUCUUUGCGUUUCUGCAAGGAAAUCAUGAGCUACGGCGGGGCCUGGAGCACGAGAUCCAGUACAUCCGGAAGGAGCUCAGCAUGAUCGCCGCUGCCAUCGAGGAUCACGAUCGGCGCUCGUGGAGCGAAGGUCGUAUCAGCGACGUGCAGCGGAUCUGGAUCCAAGGCGUGCGCGAGUUGGCUUACAGCAUCGAGGAUAGCAUCGACCGCUUUUUGCACCGCGUGACGCGCGAGCCCGGCGCGUCGUCGCUCCGUCAGAAGGGCCACCAGCUGAAGACGAUGUCAAUCCGCACGAAGUUCGCCGCCGAGAUCCGAGAGCUCAGGAGGAAGUCAGAGGAGGCAUCCAAGCUCAGAGAACUCUAUACCAGCGGCGGCCAAUCCAGCAGCACCUCGGGGGCAUCUGCGUCCACCUUCGUGGCAUCUAACAUGCUGACCCCUGCAGCUGACCUCGUGGGCAUCGAUGCGCCCCGGGAUGAGGUUCUGGAGCUGAUGCAGGAAGACGAAGGCCAGCCGAAACGGCUCAAGGUGAUAUCCAUCGUCGGUUUUGGUGGUUUGGGCAAGACUGUUCUUGCUAGACAAGUGUACGACAGUGUCGCUGUCGGUGAGGAAUACGGCUACAACCCACGGAUUUGGGUUCGUGCAUCGGAGAAGGGCGCGGGGGAUGUUCUGAAGGAGAUACUCCAGCAAGUUCAAGUUGGCAAGCAAGUUCAUGGUGGUAGCUGUGAUGACCUCGUCGAAUGCCUCAAGUUCAAAAGGUUCUUCAUUGUGAUCGAUGAUAUGCGGUCGGAAUAUUGGAACACCAUUAAGAAUGCCUUCCCUAAAGACAUGGGAGUGAGCAGCAGAGUGAUCGUGACCACGGCUCUUCAGUCCAUUGCAAACGCCUGCAGCGCUGAUAAUGGCCAUGUUUACGUAAUGAGAGCUCUUAGCGAGGAACAAUCAAGGGAAUUAUUCUUCAAACAAACCUCCUUGGAAGAUUAUGCACCCGCAGAGCAGGUCAUGAAGAAAUGUGAUGGUCUACCACUUGCUCUUGUCACCACCGCCCAGCUCUUGCAGAGCAAGUGCCAGAUGACACCGGCAGGAUGUGCAAAUUUGUGCCGCUACAUGGGUGAACAUGUGGAGAACGAGGAGACAUUGGCAAGAUUGAAGCAUGUCCUUCUCCAAAACUACUCGAGUCUUCCUGGCCAUGCUCUCAAGGCCUGCUUGCUAUAUUUGAGCAUUUUCCCAAGUGGUCAUCCAAUCAAGAGGAAGUGCCUGAUAAGGCGAUGGUUAGCUGAAGGGUUCGUUGAAGCAGACCAUCGCCGUAGUGCUGUGGAUGUUGCUGCUGAUAAUUUCAAGGCGCUCACAGACCGGAGUAUCAUCAAGCCCAUUGAUGUCAGCAACAACGCAGAGGCAAAGACAUGCCAAACUCACGGCAUGAUGCUCGAGUUCAUUCUACAAAAGUCCAUACGCGAGAAUUUCAUCACGUCGCUAUAUGAUCAAGCUGGCCUACCGGAUAAAAUCCGCCGGCUUUCCCUACAUGGCAAAGGUUCUGCAAGGGACAAAACAAACUCAAACAUUGAUUUUUCUCUUGUCCGAUCUCUGACAAUCUUCGGAGCAGUAGGUAUGCAUACUGUGGAAUUCUCUAAAUACGAGCUGCUGCGAGUCUUGGAUCUAGAAGAAUGCGAAGCCUUGAAAGAUGAGCAUCUCAAGAAGAUAUCCAACCUAUUGAUGCUCAGGUAUCUAAGCCUCGGGGGCGACAUCACAACGCUUCCGAAGGAGAUCUCAAAUCUCAAGUUUCUGGAGACGCUCGAUGUGAGAAGAGCGAAGACGCAGAUUAUUCCCAUACCCAUAGAAGUCAUAAAGCUUCCAGGUUUGAUUCAUCUGCUUGGGGUGUUUAGUCUCCCAGAUGUACGCCAGGAAAUGAGAAAUCUGCAGUCCUUCCUGUCAAAGAAAAGCAGCUUGGAGACGCUAGCAGGAUUUGUCGCCGACCAGAGCACAGACUUUCCGCAGCUCAUGAGACAUAUGAACAGAUUGACGAAGCUGAAAUUAUGGUGUCGUUCCACUAUGGAUGGCAGUAACAACUUCUCUCACCUUUCGAGCCCCAUACAGGAGUUCAUCCAGAGAGGCACCGACGUGAACGAUGCUCCCUCACUUUCCCUGAGCUUCGAGGGAUGCUCGCAAGACUUCCUGGAUUUUACCCUGGAAGAGAACUCCUGCUACCUCAGUUCGCUGAAGCUACAUGGCGACCUACGCAGCCUACCUCAGUUCGUCAUUAAGCUCGGCAGUGUCACUGAGCUGUGCCUUUCGUCCUCUGGUCAGCUUAGCGGUGAUGUUCUUGCUGCACUGAGCAACGUGCGUUCCUUGCACUACCUCAAACUGAUCACAACUGAGCUAAACUUUGUCAUAGAACAAGGGGCGCUCAAAGCCCUGCGGCGCCUAUGCAUCGUGGCGCAAUCCCUGACCCGCCUAGAGAACCAGGAGGGAGCUCUGCAGCACCUUGAGUCGCUCUGGCUGCUUUGUAAAGAUCUGAAUGGCCUUUGUGGUGCAAGAAUCGAGUAUCUCGGGCGUAUUAAGGACGUCGCUCUCGAUGAUGCAGUGAGUAACGAAGCAAGAAAGGUGUGGAAAGAAGCUGCAAAGAAGCAUCCGAGGCGGCCUAGGAUAUGCUUCAUCAAGACGAAAGAAGAGGCUCAUCAGAUGCAGAUGGGAGGAGGUCAGCCUAGAGAGAUUUCCCACAGCCCUGCGGCAACAUCUCCUGAAGCUGAAAUCCAGAUGCAGCUCGAUAGCGUAUCUGAGCCCUCUGUCGCGCAAAGGAAACGAAAGUUUGGCUUGUUUUUCAGGUCCAGGAAGGCUGAUGUCACGAUAACAACGGAGGUAUCCUCUGCUGUAAGCAGCCACGACGUCAUCUCUACUUGAAAGAAAGGACCACGACACCUUAGCUAGGCGGAGGGCAAAAUUGUUGCAGGAGCAGAACUGAGUGCUAAUUUGGAUUUUGGAGUCCCAUGCUGCCUUGUUAAACGGGUGAUCGCAAAGAUGAUGAAUUUCUAUUAAGGGACUAAUAAAGUAAUCGAUUACUACUAUGGAUUUAUGAUGGGUUUUGUUGCAACAUCCUGUUCUUGUUCUGGGAAACUGCAUAAACCAUUGCGACUUGAACUUUGAAGUGUGGAAACAAACAUUUGUAAUCGGAAUAUGUACUGCAUGUACCUUAUUGCUGCUUGAUCCGUGUGAUUCCA